AUUUGGGAUCUUUUGAGCCGGAAAAGGUCGCACAGAGCCAAGGACAGGGCGGGGGCGCGAACACAAAGGAGAAUUUCGAGAUCCGCGCCCGCACUGGCGUCGGCGCGACCGCGAUAACGACCGCACAAUUUAUUCCCCAGCAGAACCAAAAGACGGGUGCGACAACGAUGAACCUGCUCCUGCAAAGUCCACGCGGCGGAGCGGGGGGCGCAGGAGCAAACGACGGAAGUGGGACAAGGGCAGCUGGAGCAGCUGGCGCUCCGGCCGCCGCUGCGCAAGGCGGGCGAAUGAAGAACAUCUUUCGGUCACAAACUAUUGGCGCGCUAGAGGGGAACAAGCAGGAAGGAGUGCAGAGUAGAAUCCCGGCGUUGCAGCUGCCGCGCUCCGGUCCGGUCGCGCUCACGAAGGACCAGAGUGAUCUUCAUCUGCACAGUGAGGACAAUAAUAAGACAACUGCGCUGCGUGAAUUAGAAUACGAAAGUGCAGCAAGUUUGCGGCAGCUCUCCAUGGAGCUGGACGCGACGAGGAACGAACAGGAAAGGCUGUUUCGUGAGAACGAGAAGCUGGCGCAGCGGCUGCGGCAAUCCGCGCAAGGGCAACUGGGGGCCAAGGUGGAGUUUCUGCAACGGGUUUUGGAGGGAAAAGAGCAAGUGGGGCCGCUGUCCUUGACGAAAAUAGAAGAGUUUGCCGAGCUUUUAGAGAAAGACGGAAGGUCGCAUGUGAAAAAGCAGCUUUUGCAGCAGGAACAGGAGCUGCGGCGAUUGGCUUUGCAGAAAGAUGUGAAGCGAUGCAGCACCAUUCCGGAAGACACGGCAGCCGCAGACGUCGAUAUGGGGAUACAAAAAGAUGCGACGGAAGAACACGCAGCAGAACAAACUGUCGCUAGCGCAAAGCUUUCCAUGUCGCCGAAACAGCGCAAGUUCAUUCAGGAUGCGACGAAGGAUGAGUUUGCGGACUUGUGCCUGGAGCAGGUUGCGUAUUUCCUCCGUUGCAAGAGCAUGCACCGAGACCGCGGAGGGCGGGCAGAACAGGACGAUCGGCCGUCCGCCAUUUUGCGCGAGCAGCUGCGCGCGGACUUCGUUGCGGCACGAGAAGAUUUGCGGACGCGCGGCCGGCCGGUGCUGCGCGGGCGCAUGGUGCGGGAAGUUGCGUGCAAGGUUGAGGUCGAGAGCACGACGCUGUCGCAUUCGCUACCCGUAGUGCCGCCGGAAGUAGCCGACCGGCUGAGCCAGCAGAACGCAGGCAGCUGCGCGCUCGUCCAGCCCGAAAGCAAGGACGACAUCAACAGCAGUAUUGCCGCCGCGGGAGCGAAAGGGGGUGGAGGAAAGCCGGC